GACUCGCACACAGUCAUCCGCUCUCGUGUGGCGCUACCUUCGCUUGCUAUGAACCAGUAUAGUAAAUGAUUUUACAGUCACUUCUCAUAGUGUUAUUAGUCAUACGCAACGCUCUGAAUGCUGGCAGUUCUCGUUCCGUCAGAAGAUUUAUAAGAAAGAAAGUAUUAUUUACCACCGUUGUUGUUUUUUUCUAUUCUCGUUCCUGUCUGUUCCACUAGAACUGUUUCGUUCCGCCACCAACGUUGGGAAUGUGAUUUCUCUAUCGCUACUAUUCAGUGUCGUGCCGUGUUUAUAUGGUGGCUUCAGUGGUGAGGGCCAGUUCCUGCAGUAGCCCAGCCAGUGAUCUGGAGAUGAGCAGCUACUCAUCUGCGUCAUCGUCGUCAUCAUCAACUGCAUCGCCAUCGACCUCGAAACAGCCACGGAACAAGGCGGGAACGAGAUCCAGCGCAGCAGAAACGGACAAUGAAAAGUUGUUGCUGGUGAAACAGAAAAUCGAUACUACGGUGAACCAACAGCACCCGCAGCGUACAGCUGAGCCCAGGCAGGAAAAUCAAGCUUCCGUCAGUCAGUCGGGGGAGGAAAAUCACACAAUGAAUAUCAAUUCGUCGGAGGACGGUUUCGUGGAAUCUCCCGUUUUGGGGAAUUCACAGACGUCGCUGAGUGAGGAACGGCUCCGGCGGAAGUUGCAAUUCUUUUUCAUGAAUCCGAUCGAAAAAUGGCAGGCAAAGCGACGGUUCCCGUACAAAUUUGUCGUGCAAGUGAUAAAGAUCAUACUGGUUACCCUACAGCUGUGUUUGUUUGCACAUUCCAGAUACAUGCACGUAAACUACACAUGGGAUAAUACCAUAACUUUUUCCCAUCUGUUUUUGCGAGGCUGGGACAUAACGAUGGAGGUUAGUACUUACCCCCCGGAAACGGGUCCACUGUCGGUUUACAUGGUAGACGAUUUCUUCAAAACCAUCGACUAUGCCAUCGAUGGUUACGCCAAUCUGUCGGAAGCCAUCGGACCAUAUUCAUAUCCUAACGAGGAUAACACCAUGCCGCCGAUGCAGCUUUGCUUGUACCGCUUCAAGGACGGAACGAUAUUUGGAUUUAACGAAAGUUACGUGUUCAAUCCAGAAAUAGAUACGCUCUGUUUGGACCUGGAUGGAAACGUCACCACAAUUGGAAGCCGCAAGUUCAUUCGCCAGAAGGAUAUCCAUAUAAACUUUUCGGCCUUGGUCAAGGCCGAACUUAAGUUUGCCAUCAAAACGGUCAAUUUUAAAGCGGCCGGUCCAAUAACAGCACCCGAUUGUUAUCGGUUCGAUAUUCUGAUUCUGUUCAACAACCAAGACCAUGACGGACAGAUGACGCUUCGGUUGGAAGCGGAACCGACGCGCCUGGUGUGUCACGGCGAUGUGGAAUUUAUCAAAACUUCAGAAAUCGAAGAAGCACUCCGUAGCACCCUGAACAUACUAGUCAUUGUAAUUUGCCUCGUGUCGUUUGCUCUGUGCGCUCGGGCAAUCUAUCGAGCCCAGCUGUUGCGUAUUAUAACCUGUGAUUACUUCAAACAGACCUACGGUCGUGAUCUAACUGCCGAAGGUAAAUGGGAAUUCGUCAAUAUGUGGUACAUUAUGAUAGUGUUCAAUGAUUUUCUGCUUGUGAUUGGAUCCGCUCUGAAGGAGGAAAUCGAGCGGAAGCAUUUCAUCGCGGACGAUUGGAACGUGUGUUCGUUGCUGUUAGGAAUUGGAAACCUUCUCGUAUGGUUUGGAGUACUGCGCUAUUUGGGAUUCUUCAAAACCUACAACGUCGUCAUUCUGACUCUGCAAAAGGCAGCACCGAAAAUCCUACGCUUUCUGCUGUGUGCUUUGCUCAUCUAUGCCGGAUUCAUCUUUUGCGGUUGGCUUGUACUUGGACCGUACCACAUAAAAUUCCGUUCCCUGUCAACCACUUCCGAGUGUCUGUUUGCGCUGAUUAACGGUGACGAUAUGUUUGCCACCUUCACGAUCAUGCCGGAGAAAUCGUUGAUGCUGUGGUGGUUCUGCCGGCUGUAUCUGUACUCCUUUACCAGCCUGUACAUCUACGUGGUCCUGUCGUUGUUCAUUUCGGUCAUCAUGGAUGCCUACGACACCAUCAAGAAAUAUUACAAGGACGGAUUUCCGCUGUCGGACCUACGUCAGUUUGUGGGCCCCUACCACCCGAAUGAUUUCUCUGCCGGAGUAUUCCGCGACGACGAUGAUUUGGACUACGAAACGAUCAGUGUGCUGGGAGCAAUAAGACGAAUAGUUUGCUUCUGGAGACCGGACCCGUUACCAAGGGGCCCAACGGGGUACACUUCCCUCAGCCCUAAACCUUCGUAGACUAUUAACUCGUGAUAUUGUAGGAAUUGUUAACCGAAAGAUAAUUGCCACUGUUUUACUGUUUCUUUUGUUUGUUUGUUUGCGUCGAACAAGAAUGUUAUGUAAUAAGAGUUGAGUUCAAAUCGAAGCCUAAGUAGAAAAUGUGACCAAAAAUUUCAUCACAAGCAAACCAACUGUCAAAAACAAAAGGGGGGUAUACGCGCAAAUGCCACACACACACUGUUAAUUGUUAGUAUAAAUCUCUGCAAGUAACUAAUAGGUAAUGAAUUUUUAGUAAUUGGAAUUUAAUAAAUGCUACGGAAACGUAUAAA